AAAGAGCAGCACUCAAUUUUGGAGAGCAGCCACGAUUCAUAUCUACGAUAUCUAUACCUUAUUCUAAAUAUAUGUCUAUUCAGACAUUUCUUUCUGUUCAAAGGCGGGAAGGAAUCUGAAAAUAUGACAGGUGAUCAUGAGUAUGCCAUAGAGGACAUUCUGGCAGCGGGAGACCCAGAAGCCCUUUUUCAGAGUUAUGUUGAUGAAGACCCAGGAGUGUUUUUUCAGGACUAUGCUGAGGAAGACCUGGGAGACCUCUAUCAGGAGGACCAUGUUGAUGAAGACCAGGGAGACCUUUAUCAGGAACAUGUUGAUGAAGACCAGGGAGACCUUUAUCAGGACCAUGUUGAUGAAGACCUGGAAGACCUCUAUCAGGACAAUGUUGAUGAAGUCCAGCAAAUUAAUGUCACAGUCUUCAUGCCAGUCAUUGCAAUUCCUCUCUUAAUACCAGUAUUUGUACCAGUUCUUGUGCCAGUUCCCGUACAAUCUAAUGCGGACCAGCAGAGAGUGUCCAGUCCCAUAGUCUCAUCGAGGGGUGUCAACGUUGGACAGUCCAACACACAGGUGGGAAAAGAUGCCAGAGGAUCUGCUUUGUGUUGCUCAGCAACAGUUUUGGAGUCUGAGCCGAGGCCAUCAACCAGCAAUGCCUCUGUGUCUACUGAGACCAAAGGGACGUUGUCAAGGAAGAGACGGAGGUGCCCCUCAGACGAUGGUUCAGCCGUGGGGAGCACGCCACAGGAGGCCGAAGAUAGGCCCUGUGUUCCCACAUUACAGGAAGACCUCAGAGGAGUCUCCCUGAAGCCAAAGGUGAACCAGGAGCUCAUUGUCUUCAGCAGCAUUAACAGCAGUCACUAUGUAUUCCUCAGAGACACUGUGUACAUCUGGGUGUGGGUCUGGGUGUGGGUGUGGGUGUGGGUGUGGGUGUGGGUGUGGGUUGGCAUCAGCCUGUCCACCGCUGGAUAG